UUACCUUUUAGGGGAUUGGGAUAGGGACUGGGCGGGUCCUUUCCUUAGUACGGAGCACUCUCCCGAGAGAAAACACUUAAACCUUAAAGGCUGAGUGGUUUGCUACACGCGGGAUAGGUAGAAGAGGCCGAGUCUAAAGGAGGGCUUCGGAAGGUCCUAGAGCUGGACAGAGCCCGGAGGGGGGGGAGGGCGGCAUCUGGAAAGGGAAACAAACCACUUUUCUACCCACGAGCCGCGCUGCCUCUCGGGCCGCACCGUUGGCACCCUGGCUGGCACAGCGCCCUUCCUUUGUUAACCAAGAAGGAAGCCAAGGCGGGAUGUGGAGAAGGGGGGCCUCAGAACUCGGCCCUAAAUCCAUUGGAGGCUCUUCCCACCGCCCUCACGCCGCGGGGCUCCGGAAACCGCGUCCGCCGCCAGGUGGUGAGCGCGGGGAGCGCUGGGCCUGGAGUCCCGAACUUCGUUCCCGUCCGGCCCUCGGCAUUUACCGGCUGCGGGACUCCGGGAAAGGCACGUCAUGCUUGCCUCAGUUUCCUCAUCUGUAAAGAGCUGGAGAAGGGAAAGGCAAACCACGCCGGUAUCUUUGCCAUGAGAAUCUAAAAUGGGAUUAUGCAGAGCCGAACGUGACAGAAAAGCCACUGACCGACCUCAGCCGUCGGACCCUGCGACAUGUUGCUAGGCGUCCCAGAAGUAAUCUGGGAUGAGAGCGCGAAGGCUGCCUCUCUCAAGAUGGCCGCUUCCGUUCUCCGCCACACUCAUUAUGGCAGAAGGUGGGGGGAGCGCGGAUGAGGUCAAAUCUCGCGAGAGAAGCUGGCCGACGGCCGUGCGAGAAUUGGGCUGGGGCUGCAGGAGCCAAGAUGGAGCCGGGAGGCGGUGGGCCAGGCCCUCUGAUCGUGAACAACAAACAGCCGCAGCCGCCCCCGCCCCCGCCCCCCGCGACCCCGCAGCCCCAGACCGCGGCCCCGCGGGCCGGCGGCGGCGGCGGGGGUAGCGGGGGCGUCCUGCCUGGGGGCAAAGGGCGGGAGUUCAACCGCAACCAACGCAAGGACUCGGAGGGCUAUUCUGAGUCCCCAGAUCUAGAAUUUGAAUAUGCUGAUACGGAUAAAUGGGCUGCAGAGCUCUCAGAACUUUAUAGUUAUACUGAAGGACCUGAAUUUCUGAUGAACCGAAAAUGCUUUGAAGAAGACUUCAGGAUCCAUGUGGCAGAUAAAAAGUGGACCGAACUUGAUAUUAACCAGCAUCGUACCCAUGCCAUGAGGCUCCUGGAUGGCUUAGAAGUCACUGCCCGGGAGAAGAGGCUCAAAGUGGCCCGAGCAAUCCUCUAUGUCGCCCAAGGUACCUUUGGCGAGUGCACCUCUGAAUCUGAAGUUCAGUCAUGGUCAAGGUACAAUGUAUUCCUGCUUCUGGAGGUGGGCACGUUCAAUGCUUUGGUGGAGCUCCUGAACAUGGAGAUAGACAACAGUGCAGCUUGUAGCAAUGCUGUGAGGAAACCCGCCAUCUCCCUCGCUGAUAGCACUGACCUGAGGGUCCUGCUCAAUAUUAUGUACCUGAUUGUAGAAACCGUUCACCAAGAAUGUGAAGGUGAUAAAGCUGACUGGAAGACCAUGAGACAGACUUUCCGAGCAGAGCUAGGCUCUCCCCUGUACAACAAUGAGCCAUUCUCCAUCAUGCUGUUUGGGAUGGUGACCAAAUUUUGCAGUGGACAUGCCCCUCACUUUCCCAUGAAGAAAGUUCUUUUGCUUCUUUGGAAGACAGUAUUGUGUACACUUGGAGGCUUCGAGGAGCUCCAGAGCAUGAAGGCAGAAAAGCGUGAGAUCUUAGGCCUCCCCCCUCUGCCUGAAGACAGCAUCAAAGUGAUUCGCAACAUGAGGGCAGCCUCCCCUCCCGCUUCUGCCUCUGACCUCAUCGAACAGCAGCAGAAACGGGGGCGUCGAGAACACAAGGCUCUCAUAAAACAAGACAACCUUGAUGCAUUCAAUGAGAGGGAUCCAUAUAAGGCCGAUGACUCCCGAGAGGAGGAGGAGGAGAAUGAUGAUGACAACAGCCUAGAGGGAGAGACAUUUCCCCUUGAGCGGGAUGAGGUGAUGCCUCCCCCUGUGCAGCAUCCUCAAACAGACCGACUUACCUGUCCAAAGGGGCUGCCUUGGGCCCCCAAGGUUCGAGAAAAAGACAUUGAAAUGUUCCUAGAAUCCAGCCGAAGCAAAUUCAUUGGCUACACCCUUGGCAGUGACACAAACACAGUGGUGGGGCUGCCCAGGCCAAUUCAUGAGAGCAUCAGGACUCUGAAGCUGCACAAGUACACUUCAAUCGCAGAAGUCCAAGCCCAGAUGGAGGAGGAGUACCUUCGCUCUCCUCUCUCAGGGGGAGAAGAGGAAGUGGAACAAGUUCCUGCUGAAACCUUGUACCAAGGUCUCCUCCCUAGUCUGCCUCAGUACAUGAUUGCCCUGCUGAAAAUCUUGCUGGCCGCUGCUCCCACUUCCAAAGCCAAAACAGAUUCUAUUAACAUCCUGGCUGAUGUCCUACCUGAGGAGAUGCCAACCACUGUGCUACAGAGCAUGAAGUUGGGUGUGGAUGUGAAUCGCCAUAAAGAGAUCAUUGUCAAGGCCAUUUCUGCAGUAUUGUUGCUGCUGCUCAAGCACUUCAAGUUGAACCAUGUCUACCAGUUUGAGUACAUGGCCCAACAUCUUGUGUUUGCCAACUGCAUUCCUUUGAUUCUGAAGUUCUUCAAUCAAACCAUCAUGUCAUACAUCACUGCCAAAAACAGCAUUUCUGUUCUGGAUUACCCUUACUGUGUGGUUCAUGAACUGCCAGAGCUGACAGCAGAGAGUUUGGAAGCUGGAGAUAAUAACCAGUUUUGUUGGCGGAACCUCUUCUCCUGCAUUAACUUGCUUCGGAUCUUGAACAAGCUAACAAAAUGGAAGCAUUCCAGGACCAUGAUGCUGGUGGUCUUCAAGUCGGCCCCCAUCCUGAAACGGGCCUUGAAGGUGAAGCAAGCCAUGAUGCAGCUUUAUGUGCUCAAGUUGCUCAAGGUGCAGACCAAGUAUCUGGGGCGCCAGUGGCGGAAGAGCAACAUGAAGACCAUGUCGGCCAUCUACCAGAAAGUUCGGCACCGGCUGAAUGACGACUGGGCCUACGGAAAUGAUCUGGACGCCCGGCCCUGGGACUUCCAGGCGGAGGAGUGCGCGCUGAGGGCCAACAUCGAGCGCUUCAACUCUCGGCGGUACGACCGCGCCCACAACAACCCCGACUUCCUCCCCGUGGACAACUGCCUGCAGAGCGUCCUGGGCCAGCGCGUGGACCUCCCCGAGGACUUCCAGAUGAACUAUGACCUCUGGCUGGAGAGGGAGGUUUUCUCCAAGCCCAUCUCCUGGGAAGAGCUGCUGCAGUGAGGCUCCGCCCCGGCGCCGCUCCUGCCUCGGCCUCCCUGCCCGCCUUGGGCCACGUUUGCUGCGGGGCGGCUCCUCUCCUCCAGGUGGCGCUGCGGCGCCGGCUUCACAGAGUCGUCAUUAUGGAACUCCCGGCGCGACGUAAGGGAGGGCCUGACGUCUUCUCUGGUGGUGGUUUCCCGGUGUCCUGCCCAGGAGGGGUGUUGUGCGGGUCAGGAGGCCGCGCGAGCCCCGGCUGGCCGUGACUGCCCGAGCAGGCCCCUCCCACCCCUUCCCGGCAUCCUCCGCGUCAGGUGCGACCCACCGGCUCUGCCAAAACACUAGGCGCCGCGGCGGCCUCGGAGAGGGCCGGGGCUCAGCCGGGAAAGCGCCGUCGGGGCCCGCGGCUCUUGGUUUCGGACUCGUCCUUCCCGGGGCCGCUGCGGGGCCUGCGCCGCCUUAGCGCGUCUGCCUGGGACUGGGCCAGAGCGAGACCGACGCCCCCUCAGACAGGACUGACGCCCCCCUCCGUUUGCAAUGCCCUGUACAUAUCUACAUAGCUAUGAAGUACACGUGCGGUCCGUGGUGUAUCCCUGGGGUUUUAAAUGUAUCUGUGUGCGUGAUUUACAUUAAAAAGCAAAAAACCCAGUGCCCAUUUCCUUACCUUCGGGGAAAUCGUGAAGCCCGGCCAAGCCCGGGCCCCCAGUCAGCUCUUUCUGGAUGGCAGGCGUUUGCCUUCUGCUCACCGGGGCCGGCCCUCCUGAGCCCCCGCCUUCCCAGGCAGAGCGGGGCACUUGCUCUGAGAAAUGGCCAGCGCUGCCACACAGAACGGGGGUGAGGGGCGGGAGCACUUCGGGAGCUUUCCAUUCGCCAUCCCCUCACGCCCCGACAGCUCUGCCCUCCUGCGGGGUGACGGGAGCUGGAUUCCUCUUAGACACAACUCAUACGUUCCGUAGGCGCACAGCAGGAUUCGGAGUGAGGCGGCCUGCGAGCCCCCAAGGGACUGGGGAGGGAGCCUAGGGGAGCCCCACGGUCCCUAAAAGCCUUUGGGGCAUGGAAAAAGCAA